AUGGGCGAACGAGUGGCAGCCGCACUGGUCAGUUGGCGACCAGUCUCUGAACAACUGAUCGUGGCAAGAUUUAUCUCCACCCAUGAGAAAACCACUGUGAUUGAAGUUUGUGCUCCGACCGAGGACACCGAUGAUAUGGACAAGAACGCCUUCUACGACGAGCUUCAAAUGGUUCUGGACGAGGUGCACCGGCAUGACAUCGUCAUACUCAUGUGCGACUUCAACGCAGAGAUUGGACCUGAUCGAAAUGGCUUUGAGCAGAUGAUUGGCCCGCAUGGAUCGGCCGCGAAUACAAAUGACAAUGGCCUGCGAUUGACUAGUUUCUGUGCGGCAAACAAUCUCUGCGUCGGGAACUCAUACUUUCAUCAUAAGCAAAUUCACAAGAAGACGUGGAAAAGCCCUGGUGGUCUAACAGCAAAUGAGAUCGACUACAUUUGCAUAUCGAGGCGAUGGAGGUCAGCUACUGCUGACGUAGUCACUCGACGCGGCGCGGAUGUUGGGUCUGACCACUAUCUUGUUAUGGCAAAGCUCCAGUUGCGGCUCAAACGAACAAGACAAGAUGCUUGCCGCGUACGCCCUUUCGAUGUUGCCAAGCUCAAGGAUUGCGAUUUCCGCAACCGAUAUAACGCUGAGAUCCGAAAUCGCUUUGCCAUCUUGAAUCACCGUGGCUCCAGGGUAAGGGUCCAGUAA